CCUCUAGUGGUGAGUGGUUUAAAUUGCAGGUAUCAAAGUUUUUCCUCAUGUAGACUGAAGCGCUCCAAAGUUCCUUUCACUCUCUCUCGCUCUCUCUCUCUCUUUUCUCUCUCUCUCUCAGCUGUACUCUCACUAUCUCAGGUCAGUACUGUAGCUCAGAUCCUGUAGUUUUAAAGGCUGGUGUUAAAGAGGGCUGAGAUUAAUGGAGGUGUUGGUUGUGAACACUCUGAUCUUAUCAGUGAGUUGUAGUUGAGGGAUAUAAUAGAUAACAGGCUGAUUGAGGCCGUGUGACAGAUUAAACAUUAAUAACUGAACACAUGGAUCUCAGGACGGGUUAAGGGACAGAUCUUCUCCUCAGAGCUGCUGCUGCUGCUGCUGCUGCUCCUGUUCUCCUCUCUGAGUGUGUGAAGAUGAUCAGCUUCGCGCAGAUCCUCUCUGAGGUGGGGGAGUUUGGGGCUUUUCAGAAGCGGCUGCUUGUGGCCAUCUGCAUCCCCAACUUCUUCACCGCCUUCCACAUGUUCAGCCAGGUGUUCACCGGCCUGCCCUUCAGACACCACUGCAACACGUCCUGGAUCCUCACCCAGGCCCCCAACCUCACCCUGCAGCAGCAGCUCAACCUCACCCUGCCCGCAGACCAGCACGGCCAGUAUGAGAGCUGCAGCAUGUUCUCCCCAGUUCAGCUCGGACUGGAGGAGAUCCAGGCUUACGGACUCAACGAGACCACGAGCUGCACUGACGGCUGGAUCUAUCAAGCUCCUCCAGACAGCAGCACCUUAAUCACAGAGUUUGACCUGGUUUGUGACAGUAAGAGUCUAAAUGAAGCCUCUCAGUCCAUCUACAUGGCUGGACUUCUGGUUGGAGCGCUGCUAUUUGGGCCGAUGGCAGACAAGUAUGGCCGCCGUUUUGUUACUUUACUCUCGCUGGCUCUGCAGUUGCUGUUUGGAGUGGGUGCUGCUUUCUCUCCAAAUUUCUAUGUGUACAUCGCCCUCCGUUUCGUGGUUGGAAUGAGUAUAUCCGGAAUCGCCAUUAAUACCUAUGUUUUAGGUACUGAGUGGUGUGGCACAUCCAAGCGAGCUCUCUCUACCAUCCUCUCUCACUGCUGCUAUGCCUUGGGGCUGAUGGUGCUGUCCGGAGUGGCCUACGGCAUCCACAACUGGAGGAUCCUUCAGAUAGUUCUGUCUGCUCCGGUAUUGACCCUCGCUGUCUACUUCUGGAUCCUACCCGAGUCAGCCCGGUGGCUCAUGACGCAGGGCAGACAGGAAGAGGCCAGGAGGAUUAUCGUGAAAGCAGCUAGCAUCAAUGGCAGGAAAGUUCCAGACUCUCUACUGGAUAAGCUGGAGGCGGACACCACAGCCCGAACCGGCAGCAUACUGGACCUGUUCCGAGUGGGAACCCUGAGAAAGAGAGCGCUCAUCAUGAGCUAUACCUGGUUUGUGACGAGCUUGGUUUACUAUGGAGUCAGUCUGAAUGUGGGAAACUUUGGACUGGACGUCUACCUGACCCAGUUCAUCUUUGGCAUUGCAGAGAUUCCUGCCCGCCUCGGCUGCUUUCCACUGAUUGAGCGUUUCGGCAGGAAGAAAUGUCAGAGUGCUGCGCUGUUCCUCGGGGGAACGGCCUGCCUGGUGAUUUCAGCUGUACCGUCAGACUAUCCUAUUGUGGUGACUGUAAUAGCAGUGAUAGGAAAGUUUGCUCUUGCUGCGUCCUUCUCCAUAGUGUAUGUGUACACUGCUGAACUGUACCCCACUGUUGUGAGACAGAACGGGAUUGGAUUAAACUCCAUGUGUGCGCGAGUGGCUGGUAUUCUGGCUCCUCUCAUUGGCCUGCUGGAUGUCUAUCACAAAGCCAUUCCCAUGGUCAUCUACGGCUCCCUGCCAUUCCUGGGUGGAGCGCUUUGCUUCAUGCUGCCUGAGACUCUCAACACUGAGCUUCCGGAUCACACAGAAGCUCUGACGGAUAACAGCACGAAACCAAAGAAAGGAAGCAUUGAAAAUGGACUCAGUCUACCAACAAUAUCAACUGAAGAAACAAUCAAGAGCACUAAAUUAUAAAUUAUUAUUUCUUUUUUUUUUUAAAGAGUGUUUAUGUAUAAUGUACAUUGUGUGCCUUUAUUGUGUCUCAUGUUAUUGAACAGUGCCAAAUGACCAAAGUAUAGCUGUUGGGGAACAGCCAACAAUGACUGUGAUCACAAUGCUGAUGAAUUAAGUGCCAGUUUAAUAAAUACAGCACACAUUAACAGUUUACAGAUUUGAAUGGAAGAGACGAGCUGUGCUGCAGCUUAAUAUGUAUCAAGUAUCAAAUGUAUUGGAAAGAUUCAGCGUAAUAAUGUUACCUUCCUCUGUGUAAUGAAUUUGUAGCAAUAGUAGAAAGCAUCCUGUGCAGAACGUUCUGUACUGACCACAGAGAACAGAGAGAUCUACCCUUAAACACUGACAGCUCACUCCCACAACUGACAAAAAAUAUUCAUAGUAUGUAAAGAAAAAUAUAUUUUUGUUAUUUUUUUAUUUUUUCAUGUUAUUUGAAAAUGACUGCUGUCCACUGAGUUGCAUCAAAAUUUGAUGAAUGGACCAAUAAAAAUCAUUUAAAAUUGAAAAUAAAUAUUGAAAAAUAAAUUAGUACCACAUUGGCUUCCACAGGAGGUGGAUAAGUGUUUACUUUAUUUGCUUCUUUUGUUAAAUUUCCAUAUUUUUAUAGAUAUACAAAAACAUAUAUAUAAGUAAUUAAUAGCAACCCUAAGGCUAGAGUAUAUUAGUGUUUGUCUUUAUAAAGAAAACUGACAAUAAAUUCAGUGAAACUCUUUAAUCAA